AUGGGAAGAGAAAAUAUUUUAAAAUACCAACUUGAACAUGAUAAUGAAACUGACUUAAAAAUCAGCUCAAGUGAAGAAUCAAAACUUGAAAAACCGAUUAAGGAACCUCCUGUUAAGAAGGUAAAAUCUCAUUCAAAUUUUCCUUUCUCUCUCUCAAGAGAAUCAACAAUUGAAGAUUUUUUACAUAAUAAUCAAUAUUAUGUUGAAAAUAUGAAACAUAAUCAUUCGGAUCUAGUUUUUGAUUUGAAUUCAAAGGGUCAAUCUCCCCAUACAUUAUGGAUUGGUUGUAGUGAUUCAAGAGCAGGUGACCAAUGUUUAGCCACUUUACCCGGUGAAAUAUUUGUUCAUAGAAACAUUGCUAAUAUUGUUAAUGCAAAUGAUAUUAGUAGUCAAGGAGUUAUACAAUUUGCAAUUGAUGUUCUUAAAGUUAGAAAGAUUAUAGUUUGUGGACAUACUGAUUGUGGUGGGAUUUGGGCAUCUCUUAGUUCAAAGAAAAUUGGGGGAGUUUUAGAUUUAUGGUUAAAUCCAAUAAGGCAUAUACGUGCGGCAAAUUUGAAAACAUUGAAUGAAUUUAAUCAUGAUCCUAAAUUGAAAGCCAAAAAAUUGGCAGAAUUGAAUAUUAUUUCUAGUGUUAUUGCCCUCAAGAGACACCCAAGUGCUUCUCAAGCAUUAAAGAAUGGAGAAAUAGAGGUAUGGGGUUUAAUUUAUGACGUGUCAACUGGGUUACUUAAUGAAGUGGAAAUUCCACAAGAUGAAUUUGAAGAUUUGUUCCAUAUUCAUGAUGAACAUAAUGACGAUGAGUUUAAUCCUCAUUAA